AUGGAAGAGCUCAAAAGAACUGAUUUCAAUAAUAACUAUCACUCUAGAAUAGAUACAUAACCUUAAUAAUAAGAGUGCAAUUAAUUUUUAUCGAAUGAUUGUGAUUUUGAAAGUCCCUUAAAAACAGAAAAGUCUAAUAUAUAAAUAAAGAUUGAGAAAGAAGUAUACACAAAUGAAGAAAUGAAAAAAUUUUAAAGAGAAGGAAUAUUCUCAUUAAUAGGAGGAAUAUUAAUUCAUAUAGAACUUGGAACAAUUUAUAUUUGGACAUCAAUAAGUAAAAUUAUUAAUAUAACAAAGGUCCUUAUGUGGCAGCUUGGAUGAAAAUUAAAGAUUUUCUUGUUACACUUAAUUUAAUAUCCAUAAUAUUCCCUAUAUUAGUGAUACUAACCAUUUCAGUUUUUUCUUUUGGUAUAAAAAUAGCUUAAAAAGUGGGAUUCAAAAUUACAAUAGGUUGUGGAUCAUUUAUAAUAUCAUUGGCAUUUUUAAUAAUUUCUUUUGCAUAAGAUAUAAAAGUAUUUAUUGUAAUUUAUUGUAUAAUGGUUGGCAUAUCUGGAGGUUUAUUGUUUAUGCUUCCAAUUAUAUGUGGAUGGAGAUAUUUUCCAAAUAGAAGAGGAUUAGUAUCAUGUUUUAUUAUUGGAGGGUAUGGAUUUGGAUCUUUUAUAUUUAAUUUUGUAUGCAAAGCAAUAGUAAAUCCAUAAAACUUAGAACCUUCUAUCCCAUAUAAAGAAGAAUUUAUAUUAGCUAAAUAUUUUGAUAGAAGUGUAGGAGAAAGGGUUCCUUUGAUGUUUCAAAUUCUUGCUGCAUCUUAUCUUGGUUUAAGUAUAAUAGGAACAUUGAUGAUAAGAUUUCCUAAAGAUAUAGAUCCAGAUAAAAUGUUUGCAACCUUAGAAGCAUUAGAAUCAUAGAAAAAUAAGGAAAAGAAAUAUCAAAUAUUAUCACUAAAUAAUUUGUCAGCUCAUAGAGAAGGCUAUAUUGUGUAAGAUUAUUUAUAAAUAUAUUUAGAACUUAAGGAAUUAGCAUUUAAUCAUGUAUUUUACUUUAAUUAAUAGUUGUAAUGUCAUGUACCUUAGGAAUGUUUAUAAUAAAUUGCUAUAAAUAAUUUGGCGUUGAAAAUGGAUUUGAUGAUUCUCUAUUAACUGCUACUGGUUCAAUAGCUGGAAUUAUGAAUUUUUCUUUAAAAAUUUUUUGGGAUACUUUAACAAAUAAAACAUCUUUUAAAUUCACUUUUACUAUAAUUUCAUUUCUAAAUUUAGUUGCUUUAUUAAUUUUACAUUACAAUACUAGUGGAAUUGGAUAUUUGUUAAUUAUAGGCGUUAUUUCUUUUGCUGAAGGAGGCUUAUUAGUAACUUAUCCAGUAAUAUGCGAUAAAAUAUAUGGUAAGUAAAUUGGAAGAUUGAUGUAUAGAAAAGUAUUCUUUAUGGUUGGAGUAAGUAAUAUGAUUGGAUAUAUAUUAUAUGCCUUUGUUAGAAAGAAAAUUGGAUGGGAGAAAGUUUAUUGGAUAUGUUUUGCAAUGAAUAUUGUAGGAUUAAUUUUAGUAUUCUUUUUGAAGGAAGUUGGAUAUGAUUGGAGUGAUCCUGAGAAAAUUAAAAAAAAAUCAGUAGUUUAUAUAAAAAGUAAUUUAUAAAUAUGA